AUCUCCCAUCUCUCUAUGUAAAGGCAUUCCCCCAUUUUGUCCAUCCUCUCAAACUCAAACACAAGAGCUCAUCUGAGGCGCCAAUAAGGAAAACACACAAAGAUCCAACUGGGUUGCUUUCCACAACAUAUACCAACAACAUGUUCUACAGAGGCGGUAAAUUUCCUGAUGGUGGUGAUGGGCGUGAAAUGGGUCCAAAACGUCAGCGUGUAGUUGAUCAGGGAUCUUCAUUCUAUGGAAGUACCCCUGGUUCAAGUUUUAUGUACAAUGCAUCUCCUUAUACCUAUGUCAACCAAUCUCCGCCUUUCCCUGUUGUCCGACUUCGUGGUCUUCCGUUUGAUUGCACAGAAAUUGAUGUUGCUGAGUUCUUCCAUGGUCUGGACAUAGUCGAUAUUCUUUUUGUCCAUAACGGUGGCAAGUUCUCUGGAGAAGCCUUUUGUGUUUUGGGGUAUCCUCUUCAGGUUGAUUUUGCCCUUCAAAGGAAUAGGCAGAACUUGGGCAGGAGAUAUGUUGAAGUUUUCAGAAGUAAGAGGCAGGAAUACUAUAAGGCGAUAGCAAAGGAAGUUUCAGAUGCUCAUGGUGGUUCACCGCACCGAAGGGUCCAAAGGGCUAAAUCUUAUGAUGAGGCAAAGGAGUCAGCUGAGCACACAGGGGUGUUGCGGUUGAGGGGAUUGCCAUUUUCUGCUGGCAAGGAUGAUAUAAUGGAGUUCUUUAAAGAUUUUGUUUUGUCAGAAGAUGCAAUUAAUCUUACAAUGAACUCUGAGGGAAGGCCUACUGGUGAAGCAUUUGUGGAGUUUGCAAGCCCAGAAGAUUCAAAAGCAGCCAUGGUUAAAGAUAGGAUGACCCUUGGGAGUCGAUAUAUAGAGUUGUUUCCAUCCUCUCAGGGGGAGUUGGACGAAGCAGUUUCUAGAGGGAGGUGACUUCUUAUUGGACCUUUUUCAUUAGUUUGUUAUCUUGUACCUCUAUGAUAUUAACUUUGUCUUAUUGUCUACGAAUUUUGCUCUAGUAGUUUCUCAUUGUUGUUGGAGAACUUUUUUUUUUUCUUUUCAAUUUAUGUUUGGAACUAAAUAUAAGAAGCUAUGCAUAUAUACUUAGAUUAUAUAUCUGCUUAAUUUUU